CUGCAGACCAUUGGUGGGUUUUCCAGAGAAGGCGGGGCAUAUCCGCACAACCCGGAUAUGCGGGGUGUUUUCGUCUGAUCAGGAAGGAUUGGCAUUGAACACAAAUGGCUUUGGAAGGCGAGGGCGGCGUGAAGCGAUCUGCUCCGGCGGUGGAUACCGGCGCGCAGACCCCAGUACUGCGCAUCAGCCAGCUGGACGCCCUCGAGCUGGACUCGUCCCUGGAGCAGCUGGUAUGGACCCAGUUCUCCCAGUGCUUCCACAACUGCCGCCCGGGCCUCCUCACGCCGCUGGAGCCCGAACUGAAGGCUCUGCUCCAUCUGCUUCUGUGGCGGUUCACGCUUUAUUCUCGCAGCGCCACCGUGGGCCAGUCUUUACUGAGUCUGCGCUACCACAACACCCUCUCCCCGUCCCCGCGCUACAGACCCCUGUCCCGCAGGCAGAAGCUGGGUCUGGCCCUGCUCACCGCGGGCCCACGCUGGCUCAAGGAGCGCUCCCACGGCCUGCUGCUGCGCCUGAGCCCCGGAGGGGCCGCGUCCGAAAGGGACGGCGGUUUGCUGCGCAAGAUCCUGAGCCUUGUUUCUGGCGUCGCGCAGCUCGCGACCCUCCUCAACUUCCUCGCGUUCCUGAGGAAAGGUCGGCACCCUGCGCUGGCCGAAAGGAUUGUGGGAGCCCGGGCGGUUUUCAGCCAGCCCGACGUGGCCCGGGACGUCACCUACCAGUACAUGAACCGCGAGCUGCUGUGGCACGGCUUCGCCGAGUUCCUCAUCUUCCUGUUGCCGCUGGUCGACACCAGGAAACUGAAGGCGGCCGUGUUUUCGGUCGUCCUGGGGGGAGACGGCGGCGACAGGGCGGGGGCGACCGGCGGGCCGGGCGCUUGGAAGGAGUGCGGGCUGUGCGGGGAGUGGCCCACCAUGCCCCACGCGGUGGGCUGCCGCCACGUGUUCUGCUACUACUGCAUCAAGAGCCACAGCGUCGCAGACGCUGGCCUCACCUGCCCCAGAUGUGGAGCAGAGGCGGGGCGGCCGGAGCCGGUCAAGAUGGAGGUGGAGAUGAUUGGCGGAGCAGUGAUUUAAAGGAGCUGUCAUGAGUUUAUUUUGUCACUUUAUACCUGCACAUGAAUUAAACUGAGAUGAAUAAUUAAACUUUUUCAUGUAAGAAUAUUUUGUAAAGACUGAAGUAUAUUAAGACAUAGUCCAUAUAUUCGCGAGGUCGUCGUGUGUGAGUUUAUGACUGGACUUUCCUGAACACACAUAGAGAUGCUAUGUUUAAUAUAUGUGUGCAUAUAUUGACAAUUCUCUGCCCCUUCCAUUUCUCCAACUGGACUUUGGACAGAAUUAUUUGUCUUUGGUGCACUGGACCGACUACAGAGAACCACACAGCAUAUAUUUGAUGAGUGAACAUGUUGAUUUAUGCUCCUGUGUGUGUGUGUGUGUGUGUUGAAAUGGGAAUAUUUGUUCUGAUGAAAAAUGCAGAAAGUCAGCUGAAUUAAUAAUGGGAGGAAUUUCUGAUGCCGCUCAUCAUGGCCAAAUUAGCAUUUGUUGUGUAUUUUGUGCCUAAAUAGUAUUUCAACAUCAUUAAAAUUGAUAGAGUGCUA